UCGACCUGUCGCAAAGGCCGCGUUCCGGCGGCGACAAAUGAGCGACUCGCUUUCCGUCGGCGCUGCGGCGGCGGCCGGGUCUUCCUCCUCCUCCUGCCGCGGUGCCAGGCACCCCGAGCAGACGUGUGUCCAUCUGUGCUCCAUUCUGGCCGCUUCCUCCUGUCUCCGCCAUGCCCCCCAAGAAACAGGCUCAGGCCGGGGGCAGUAAAAAGGCGGAGCAGAAGAAGAAGGAGAAAAUCAUCGAAGAUAAAACUUUUGGUCUAAAGAAUAAAAAAGGAGCAAAGCAGCAGAAGUUUAUCAAAGCUGUCACUCAUCAAGUGAAAUUUGGUCAACAAAAUCCACGCCAGGUAGCCCAAAGUGAGGCUGAGAAGAAAUUAAAGAAAGAUGACAAGAAGAAAGAACUGCAGGAGCUGAAUGAGCUGUUCAAACCUGUCGUGGCUGCACAAAAGAUAAGUAAAGGUGCAGAUCCCAAAUCUGUGGUAUGUGCGUUCUUCAAGCAAGGACAGUGUACCAAAGGAGAUAAGUGUAAGUUCUCUCAUGACUUGACUUUGGAGAGAAAAUGUGAAAAACGAAGUGUUUACAUUGAUGCACGAGACGAAGAACUUGAAAAAGAUACUAUGGAUAACUGGGAUGAGAAAAAGCUGGAAGAAGUAGUGAACAAGAAGCACGGUGAGGCGGAAAAGAAAAAACCAAAAACUCAAAUAGUGUGCAAGCAUUUCCUCGAAGCUAUUGAAAAUAACAAGUAUGGCUGGUUUUGGGUGUGCCCUGGAGGGGGUGAUAAUUGCAUGUACCGGCAUGCACUUCCUCCAGGAUUUGUGUUGAAAAAAGACAAAAAGAAAGAAGAGAAAGAGGAUGAAAUUUCAUUGGAAGACCUAAUUGAAAGAGAGCGUUCUGCCCUGGGCCCAAAUGUUACCAAAAUCACCCUAGAAUCUUUUCUUGCCUGGAAGAAAAGGAAAAGACAAGAAAAGAUUGAUAAACUUGAACAAGAUAUGGAAAGAAGAAAAGCUGACUUCAAAGCAGGGAAAGCACUCGUGAUCAGUGGUCGUGAGGUGUUUGAGUUUCGUCCGGAGCUGGUCAAUGAUGAUGACGAGGAAGCAGAUGACACUCGAUACAUUCAGGGAACAGGUGGUGAUGAGGUUGAUGAUUCUGUGAGUGUGAAUGACAUAGAUUUAAGCCUGUACGUCCCAAGAGACGUAGAUGAGACGGGUAUCACUGUAGCCAGUCUUGAGAGAUUCAGCACAUAUGCUUCAGAUAAGGAUGAAAACAAAUUAAGUGAAGCUUCUGGAGGUGGGGCUGCAAACGGAGAAAGAAGUGAUUUAGAAGAGGACAGCGAAGGUGAAGGGCGGGAAAGUGGAGCCAUUGACGCUGUUCCUGUGGAUGAAAAUCUGUUCACUGGCGAGGAUCUAGAUGAACUAGAAGAAGAGUUAAACACACUUGAUUUAGAAGAAUGACAACCAAACAAGGCAAUGGAAAAGUUAAGUCAGCUCAGCAUGAGUUGAAAUUGACUACAAUAACUUUUUUUCACCUAGAGUCAACAAAAUGUUUAUUUCCCAAGCUGAUUCUGGAGGGAUUGCUCUCCAAAAAUGGAAUAUUCUCCCUACAUCUUCUCUUCUGACUUUGACUACAUCUCAUAAGUAAGUUCAGAGUAGUUCAUGACAUUAAAUAUGGUUAUUGCAGAAAAUGAUUGAUCGUUGUAACGGUCUACUUGAGUAGGAAGUGUAAUUGCUUUUCAGCUUUUGGUUUUCAUUGGGCAUGUGUUAUUACCAGAAAACAAAUUUAUAUUUACAAUUCUGUUCAUCGGAUGCAGUUUUUAAUGAGUGAUUUUUCUUCCUUUGUAUUUAUAUCGUUUAAAGACUGCCUAAAAGGUGAACACUGUACUUGAUAAAGGAAACUGCAUAUGCAGAUUCAGUAUUGUAUAUCUUUGGACUAUUAGAUGGACACUUAAAAUGGGAUUUCUUUUCUCUAACCAGAUCAGCCAUGGUGCCCUGUAUUAAGUUGUUUAAAGUUCUCCCUUUUUUUUGCCAAUAAAGUUGUAAAUAAAGACCAUCAUACAUUACAAUCCA